AUGAAUAAACAAUCGGAUUCAAAGCCUUAUACUAAAAGUAAAAGUAAAUUCCACAUGUUUUUUUACAAAAAUAAAUAUUCGAGUUCGAAAUAUAACAACAAUAAUGUUAAUGAAAAUAAUGUUAAUGAAAAUUAUGUUAUUGAAAAUAAUGUUAUUGAAAAUAAUGUUAUUGACAAUAAUAUGAAAGGAAACAAUGUGAAUGAUCACAAGGUAAAUGAUCAUAAGGUGAAUGAUCAUAAUGUGAAUGAUCAUAAUGUGAAUGAUCAUAAUGUGAAUAACCACAACAUGAAUGAUCAUAAUAUGAAUAAUGUAACACAAGGGGGACAUCAUGAAAAGGGUGAUGAUAUAAAUUCUGUAAAUUUAAACGUGUUCCCACAGAAUUGUAAUAGUAAUGACAAGAAUAAAAAAAAUACAACUCUUAAUAAUCAUAAUAAUCAUCAUCUGAAUAGCAGUGGUAAUGUUCCUUAUGGUAAAAAGAAAAAUAGUACGAAUCCACGAAGUAGUGUUAUAUUAAAAAAUGGAGAACAUAACGUGUUGUCGACUUAUAAUGAAGAUAUGUAUAAUAAUAUAGGAAAGCCGAAUGAAGAGAUGAAUAGUACAUGUGAUAUAAAUAUGAAUAAUUAUAAUAAUGUUAAUAUUGAUGAGGAAUAUAAUAAUGUUGGUACUGGUUCAUAUAAUAAAUAUCACGACCCCAAUAAUAAUAAUAAUAAUAAUAAUAAUAGUAGUAGUAGUAAUAUACAUCAUAGUGUUAGUCACGUAUCUAAUUAUAACCAACACAAUCAAGGUUAUAACAAAAAUGUAGUUGUACCUUAUAAUGACAUUGGUAAUAAAAAUGAAGAGAAACAUAAUACUAAUGAAGAUUAUUUUAACUUUGGUAAAGAUAUGGGGAAUCCUAGUAAUAAUCAACAUGCAAUGAAUAAUGUAUAUCGAAAUUAUAAGAAUUAUAAUAAUGUUGAUCAUACAAAUGAAAGCUAUUUACAUAUGUCUAAAAAUAGUAAUGUUCAUUACAAUAAUUAUCAGAGUUAUUAUAAUAAUCAUAAUGUACAAAAAUAUGGAGAAAUCCAUGAUAACUUACUUAAUUCAAAUGAUCAAGGGCAAAAGAAAAUAAGUACCUAUUUUAACUCAACACAGGGAUAUAACAACAACAACAAUAAUAAUAAUAAUAAUAAUAAUAACAUAAGUAAUCAUAAUAAUAAUUAUUAUAGUACACAUGCUAAUAUUACUCAAUUUAAUGCAGAUAUGAAUAAUAGUAAUAAUCAAAAUAAUACCACAGCUCCAUGUAGUAACGAACACAUGUCAUCAAAUAAUAAUAAUAAUAAUAAUAAAAAUAAGAACAGCAACAUGCUAGAUGACUUGUACAAUAUGGAGGAUAACAAAAAUGUUUAUAAUAACGGCACAAGAAAAGAUUCAAUUUUAAACAAUAUGAUAAAUCAUGCUGGUGAUAAGAAUAAAAAACAUGAAAAUAAAAUUCAGAAAAGUGGGGAGCAAAACAAAAGAGAUGAAAGGAAAGAAGAUACUUAUAAGAAAUAUGAAAAAAGAGAUAAUAUGCCCAUGAACAGCAGCAGCAACAACAACAUCAACAUCAACAACAUCAACGUCAACAAUAAUAAUAAUAAUAAUUAUAAUAAUAACAAGAAAGAUGAUAAAAGAAUUGAUAGCAGAGGAUCACACAACAAAAGCAAUAAUAGUAAUUAUAUGAAAGGUAUGGAAAAUUGUAAUAUGAAUAUAAAAAAUGUCGACAUAAAAAAUGAUAAUAUAAAAUAUGACAAUACAGAUGAUGAUAAUUAUAAUUAUAAUAAUAUAAAUAAUACUAGUAAUGAUGAAAGUGAACAUAUGGAUGAUGUAUGUAAUAUGAAUAAUAUGAAGGAUAUAAAUUGUAAGAAUUUGAAUUCAUCCAAUGGAAAUGCAUAUAAUAUAUCUUAUAUGUUUAUAUACCAAUAUUAUUAUGUAUUACAUACAAAAAAAGAGAUGAUGUACAAUUUUUAUUCGGAGAAAGCUAUACUUCUGGUUAGUUUUAAUGAUGAAUCUAAGAUAAUAAACACAAAAGUACAUAAUAAUAGUGCUCACAUUAUGAAUAAUGAGAAUUAUAAUACAGAUAAGCAAACACAUGUCGAUGACAUAAAAAUGAUAAAAAACAAGAACAACAACAAUAAUAAUAACAAUAAUAAUAAUAAUAAUAAUAAUGAUGAUGAUGAUGUGGAUAAUAAUACAUGUAGGAAUCAAUUUUUUAAUUUAAACGAAAUUAAUAUUGAAGGUUGUCAUAAAAGUGACAAUAUGAUAAAAUUAGAAUCCAGAAAUAUGAUUUAUGAAUAUUAUAAAAAUUUAGAUGUAAAUGAAUGUACAGUUCAUAUUAUUUCAAUUGAAGUUGUAAAUUUACAUGAUGAAAUAUAUAUUUAUAUAUAUGGGAAAAUAAAAAAAUCGAAACAUACAAAUGUGUAUUAUUAUUUUAUUCAAAAUAUACAUUUACAUAAAUAUAAUGUGUACCAAUAUUAUGUAGAUGUCGAUUUUGUUCAUUAUUAUAAUGCUCCUGUUAAUAAAGAAACACAAGCACAAUUAUUACAAUCAAAAAGUGUAAGAGAAGCAGGCCAACACAACAUGAAAAAUAAUGAAGAUGAUAAAAAAAAAAAAAAAAAUAAAGUUAGUUAUAACUUGAAUACUACAAAUGAAAAUACUACUACUAAUAUUACUACAACACAAAAUAAAAUGAAUGAAAAAAAAAAAAAAAAAAAUGAAACACAGUUAUUAGGAGAACAUACUAACGUAUCAACUCGAAAUAUACAAAAUAGAUAUAAGGAUAAACAGUCAGUAUUAAAUAAUGAAAAGAAAGAAUUAAGAAAUGAAGAGAUAUUAUAUUAUGAAGAUGAACAUGAAGAUAAUUUAUAUUAUGAUGACGCUAAUGAAGAGAUGUUGUAUUAUAAUAAUAAUGAUCAUAAUAAAAUUGAAUGUGAUGAUGAUGAUGUAUAUUACGAAGAUGAUGAUGAUGAUGAUCAUGAUCAUCAUGAUCAUGACCAUUAUCAUGAUAAUGAUAAUGAAGAUAUAUAUUACGAAGAAGAAAAUGAUGACAUUUAUUAUGAUGAAUAUCAUGAUGAAUAUAACCAAAUGUUAGAUAAUCAAAAUGAAGUAGCAGAAAUAUAUAAACAUAAUAAUAAUAUGAAUGAUAUCAAGAAAAAUAAGGGAAAUCAACAAUAUAAGAAUCAAAAAAAAAAUAAAUUACACUUGACAAAAAAUAAUAUGAACGAUCAAAAUGGUAAUAAUAAUAAUAAUAAUAAUAAUAUCUUAAAGGAUGAUCAUCAUGUUAUUAGUAAUGAGGUCAAUAAAACAAAACAUCACAAAAAUAUUAAUGAGGAAAAAGAAGAGUUAUCACCUGAAGUUAUAAAGGGAAGUGAAUUAUAUACAAAUGAUAAACAAAAAAAGAAGGACGAAACGAAUAAAGAUAUAUACAAAAAUAAUGAUAAGAAAAAUAUACCACGCAACAGUAAAAAUAAUAAUGAGAAUUAUCAUGAUCAUAAUAAUUGUGAUGACAGAAAAAUGCUCACACAGCAAGAUCAGAAACAGAUGAAUAAUUCUUAUGAAGAUAAUGUAGAAGGACAAAAUGGACAAGAGAAAAUUUUAAAUAUGAAUAAUAAUGAGAAAAAAGGGAAAAAGAAUAAACAUGAAAAAAAUGUACAGAAAAAAAAUACACAUGAACAUGAACAGAAGAGUACUGAAGUGAAUACUGUAUUAAAAAAGGAACAAAAUAAUAGUAAUGACAUAUUGUCAAAAAAAAAAAAGAAAGAGAAAAAAAAAGUGGACCAAGAUAGUUGGGUCUCUAGAGUAAUGAAAAAUAACACAACAAAUAUCAUACCAGAGAAUAAUAAAAAUGAUGAUAACAAUAAAGGUGAUAAUAAAAAAAAUGACCAUCUCCUCAAUAAUAAUAAUAAUAAAAAUAAUAAUAACAUUAAUAAUGACAAUAAUAAUAAUAAUAAUAAUAAUAACAAAGGAGAUGAUCAAGUUAAAAAGGAUAAAGAAAUAAAAGAGUACGAUGAAUUAAAGCAAGAUGAUAAUCAAGAAUAUAUUACAGAGGAAAAUAAUAAAAAAGAAAAUGAAGAAAUAAAUGUAAAUGAUAAAAAAAUUAUUAUUCAUAAUAUUCAUAAAAGUAUGGAUAAAAAAAAAAUUAAUGAUUGUAUUAUAGAUCGUUUAAAAAAAUAUAAUGAUGGACAUGCAGUUCAGGUUGAUAUAUAUCAAAGAUCCUUUAAAAAAGCAUAUCAAACUAAUUUUAAUUAUAAAAAUACAUAUGAUAAUAAUAAAAAUCAAACAAAUGAUUAUUCUUAUGCUAUAGCAGAAUUAGAUUGUCGUCAAAGUCAACAGUUAUUAUUAGAUUUAGGCUUAUAUUGUAAUGGUAUAAAAUUAAAUAUUGAACACUUUAAAGAAAAGAAAAAAUUCAUAGAUAACAAAAAAUUUACCAAAAAAUUUAGCACAUAUAGUAACAACAACAACAACAACAACAAUAAUAAUAAUAAUAAUAAUAAUAAUAACAAUGGAUCUGUAAGUUUUAAAACUAAGGAUGAUAAAUAUAAAAAUUCUUACAAUAAUAGACCUUCUACUUCUAUCCAUUCAGCAACUGUCGUAUCAUCAGGGGGAAAUAAUAAUACAUCCUCCUCAUUUAAAAACAAAAAAAAUAAUGUAUUUGUAAAAUGA